AUGAUGAAACGGUCUCAAUCCAAGGGAGGAACAUCAAAUGGACCAAAUUUGGGAACCGGAAGAGGUAAGGAGUCCGAAAUGUAUCUCUGUGCCUCCACAUUGUGGGAACUUACUUGUAGUGUAUAUGAUGAACUAGACGGACCCAUACUUACCCAAACAUGGAUUAAUAGGUUCUACAUGACUAUGAGGAGAAACAUGAUGAAACGGUCUCAAUCCAAGGGAGGAACAUCAAAUGGACCAAAUUUGGGAACCGGAAGAGGUAAGGAGUCCGAAAUGUACUCUGUGCCUCCACAUUGUGGGAACUUACUUGUAGUGUAUAUGAUGAACUAG